AUGGCAGAUCGGCCCACCGUAGCAGCUUUCCAGGAGCAAGGGAAGCUCGAGACGGACCAGCAUCUCGCUGGCGGUGGCAGAAGACGACCAACCAGACGUCUGGGCCCCGGACUGGAAUUGCGCCUGAAGCGAUUGGAGGAGCAGAACCGGGUGCGAGACCGCGACGCAGCGAGCCGGACUAUAGGACGUAUCCCAGAAUCACAGAUCGCGGAAAUUGAGCGUUUGCAGCGCGCACGCGCAAACAAGGCGGGGGUGCGGCGGAGGACGAGCGCUUGGACGAUGCCGGGUGGUGUGAGGCUGAGCGGUGGGCCUGUCUUGGACGACACCGACCAUGAGGCUGCUGUCGUGUUUGACAGCGACGAUGUCUCAUCAGUCAUAGACAUCAGUGAUAGCCUGGCGCCGUCUGAGACGGACGACGACCGAGACGAGCUGCGCGAUACCAACAAAUAUCGCCUUCCUUUUGACGACAAGACGCGCCUGGACUUGCAUACCAAGGAGCCUCUUUCCCCAACUCCCCGGCCGGUACAACCGUCCGCUGCAGUGCUGUCCCGACCCAGAAGUUCGACGCCGACGACACCCACGACGCACUGCUUCGCGAACGACCCGCCUUUGGGACCUUGCUCCCCGACCCAACCUUGCGCUCCCGCUCCAUCCUCUUCCCCCGCUCCCCGACCGUCGCCUGCUAGCCACAUGGUUUCCACCCCGCCACGUUGGGCCAAUGGCGGCGCAGAGAACGGAAGCGACAGCGAGGUCACCCGCCCAAGUCUGUCUCGAGCUGGUUCAAUAUACACUUUGGGACGCGCGAGCUUUACCGGCCAAUUGGCGCAGCUCACCUCAAUGCGGCUCCCGGAUGGCAAUUCGCUUGCCAAGCGCAUCUCUUCGAUACCAACUUCAACGGAAGCUGCGAGAGCCCUGGCAGAUGCCUCUGAGCAGAUACGCAUGUGGAUAAGCAAGGCGUCGGACGUGCUGGAUGGACUCAAUGCAGAAGAUGAUGUGGAGUGGGCAGCCGCUGGAGGUAGAGAAGGGAUGGAGGAGGUGGACAAUGCCAUAAAUCGCUUCCAGCAAUUGGUUGAGGUCUACAUUCUCUCGAUAGAACGUCUCCAGACUCGCGAUGAUGUUGGACUGCUCACCGUAGAAGAGAACAAGGCCAGCGAGCAUCAGCUGGAAACCAUUGUAGCAAGUUGGAAGCAGAUUCGAGGCACAUUGAAUGGCAUCAAGAAGCAGGUCGAGAUUGCCAUGGAGUGGGAGCAGCUCUGGAAUACGGUGCUGGGCGAGAUUGCUCAAGAGAUGGAUGGCCUCAAUCGACUGGUAUUCGAGAUGGAAGAGAAGCGACAUUCCGGCGCAGGCAAUCUACUGAGCUCGAAAGAUAGCAUCGAUCUGAGCGAGUUGGAAACGAUCAUCGAGGAUCAGCCUGGGAGACCGGCCAUCAACAACCGCCUCAGCAUAGCGCCCUUAUCACUUGGCUCGCCGAUGCAUUUGAAUGAGAAUAAGGAGGACUCAAGCCUACUGGCGCUAUUCGCCCGUAUGCAGCCUCUACGAGCAUCCUUGGAGUUUUUGCCCAUGCGGCUGUCAACAUGGCAAGUUCGGGGAAAGGACGUUUUCCCCAGUGCUUGUCUGGACCUCGAUCAUCGCCGGGACCAACUCGAGAGCCAAUGGUCCAAGCUUGAGGCGGACGCCGAUUCAUUGCGGCGCGAGCUGGGAGAGGAUAGAUGGGUGCUUGUAUUCAGGAAUGCCGGUCGGCAAGCCUUGAAGAUGUGCGAGUCAAUCACAAGAAGUCAUCACAAACUAAAGGAUGCGAUUGAUAGGAAUGAGCAGCAAACGCAUGCUGCAGAUUUGCAGGACAAAAUUGAGAACUACGAGGCGAAGAAGCGGCACUAUGGACCCGCGAUUGAAAGGGUGCUAGCCAUCAUCGAUCGAGGUGUCCUCGAUCGUCUCACGCUCAAUGGCGAGAUUCUACGAUUGCAGAGUGAAAUGAAGCAGAGAUGGGCAUAUUUGCAGAGGGAGAUGACUGAGAUGGGCCUCAUAAUAGAAGAGGUCAACAUUGAGAGUCGAGAUAUAGGUCUGCGAGACUCAGUCUCGACCGUCAUCUCCAGUGAACGAUCUGUUGGGAGCAGCAUGUUGGACACACCAGGAACUUCACCAGCGAGCAGCGUGAUUGGAGCAAGCAGAAGAGAUAGCGUGGGGUCAAGAACACCAACCUCUCUUACCACCAUCAAGACUAGGAACAGCAGCAGUAAGCCGAACGAUCGCCUCGCUGUUUCCGGAUCAUUGCCUCGGCGGACCUUGAAUCAGCGAAAGUCCUACGGCGAUAUGCACGCCAGCCCCCAGUCCGCAUCGUCCAUUCCGACCCCUUCCAAAACGCCUGUCUGGCCGAGCAGGCCUGAUCCCAUGCCCUCGAUCAAUAAAGGCCGCUGGCAAAACGCGAUCAAGCCCGAGGCGCAUGACUUUCGUCCACUCUCGGCGUUUGAGCCUUCACCUUACGCAAAGACGCCUGUGACACCGAAGAUGAACCACUUUCGCACCAGUCAAAACGGAGCUUCUACCCCUUCCCUCGGCAUGAGAAGUCGAACGCCAGCUCCUCGCGUAUUCAGCGCACCGCACCCUCAGCCGUCCUAUAUUCCUGGACCGAUAGCUGCUACGCCUGGAGGGUCGCGGGAUGUGUCUUUGUCGGUACCUGCAGGUGGCAAUACUGCGAGACAGCGUAGUCCGUUGCGUACCAAGGCCUCUGCUCCGGUUCUGGGCACUCAUUCCACCCGUCCCCCUUCUCGUCUUCUCGGACCCAGUGGGAGAAGGAGCUCUAUGUUACCCAAGUUCACGGAUGGAAACGAUGCCGAUAAUGAAUCGCCGGCUCAUCAUAGAAGGUCUCCGAGUGCCACCAUGAAUUGCGGGCGUCUGGGUGUGAUUCCGAGCGCGGGUCGGGCGAUGAGCAGGUUGGGUCAGUCGGCUGGGGAGAGUAAGCCAAAGUGGAGGCCCUGA